AUGCGUAAGAGGCCUACGGUGCUAUAUCUCUUGAGUUUUGCUGCUAUCGCCGGGCUUGAGAUGCCUCGUGAAUGUCACUCCAGCAGCAGGUCAAUCCUCCCCAGUCUGGUCCGGAGCGAUUUACCCCGCUACCCCGCCAUCCGGCCAUUCAGGCCCCGGUACCACUACACUUCCAGCGGCAACCUCUCACUUUCAACUCAACGGCUCUCAUUCCAGCUCACCUCAUCAACCAUGGCUUUCAUACGCCCCUACAAGGCAUCUGACUUUGAUGCGACGGGUCAUAUCUGCCGCGCCACGCUCCCACCGUCCCUCGAGCGUUCCGAAGCAGCGACCAGGACCGCGCCUUACCUAUGGACACAUCAGUAUACUCAUCUAUCUCCUGAGACUUGUCACAUACUUGACGAUGGCGAGGGAAACUGCGUCGGCUACUGCAUUGGCUGCCCCAACGUGAACGACUUUGCGAGCGCGUACCCGCGGUACAUCAAGGAAGUCCUUGAGACGUCCAAGGAGCUGGACGGAAGAAAGCCUAAGAGCCUCGAGACGAAAGCGCCAUGGAACUUCCCAGACACGGGGGAGGUGAAUGAGGAGGCUCUCCUCCAGCAAGCAUUCAACCCGACAUGGCUGGUGCUUGACGAUGAGCGAAAGGAGCUUUGGAGCAACUGGAAGGCUACGAUGCACAUCGACCUGCUGGAGCCAUGGCAGGGCAAAGGCUGGGGAAGAAAGCUGAUUGACAAGUUCGUUGAGAGUCUGAAAGACGCCGAUCAGCGCAACGGUGGCUCCAGUGGGAACAGGCUCUAUGGUAAGGGCGUGCAUAUCGGCGUCGGUGGUGAGAACGACAAGGUCGUGCCGUUCUACGAGAAGCUGGGGUUCCGGGUGUAUCCUACCGACGAGAAGGGAUCAAUCUGGAUGGUGAAGGACGUCGAGUAG